CGGCGUCUCCCGAGAUCAACCCCGGCUACGAGAGUGUAUAUCCGUCAACAACUCAACGAACAGCUCAAAUGGCUGGACACUCGGGUGGACUCUCAGGCAUCGAUCGUGACGGAGAUCCAGGAUUAUUUUCGGAGACGAGCCGAAGUCGAAAUCGAAUAUUCUAAGCAGUUGGACAAGCUAGCGAAGCAGCUGUUGCUCAAGCACAAGAGCGAAAAACCCAAGCGGGAGCAGUGGCACCUUUUUUCAUCGUAUCAAUGUUGGCUCCAAUUGAUCAACACGACUCGGAAACAAAGCAGCGACCAUGCCAAGGUGGCUGAAGUGUACCAGAAUCAUCUGACGGCCCGGCUGCUGCACGCAGCUGAAGAUGUGCAACGGGUGUAUCGGAAAUGCCGCAACAUCGGAAUCGAUGAACACGAAGAACUGCUCAAAAUUCUGCACGAACUUCAUACGACAAUGAAAACCUACCAUUCAUACUGGGCUCUGGAGCAACAAGCAGCUUCGAAACUGGCCGUAGUCGAGACGAAUCUCAGCAAACUCGAGCAAGGUCUUCCGAAGGACAAAGUCGCGAAAUCGAGGAGAUAUCGUCUGCUCAACAAAGAACGGCAGAAACGCUGGGACAAGGGCGAGGAAGCACGCGUCAAGGCGCUCAAAGCACGCAACGAUUACGUACUAUGCGUGGAAGCCGCGAACGCGGCUGUACAGAAGUACUUCGUCGACGAUGUCUCGGAUCUAAUCGACGCGAUGGAUUUCGGUUUCCACACGAGUCUUUCCCGAUGUCUACUCAUGUACAAUUCGACGCUAGAAUGUCAAUACAAAUCGCUCAAGGGAAGUCGAGACGCAAUGAAGAAGUGCUUGGAGACGCUCGACUCGCGGGCCGACAAACAGAAGUUUCUCGAGAGCUACAACACCGCGUUCAUGGCGCCGCCGAAAUUCGCGUUCCAAACCCACAAGGGCGACGUGUCCCCGAUGAAGGUCGUCAACGUGGAACGGGCUCAAGUUCAAGUCGAGGACGCUAUCUUCGAAGAUAUGGAGCAGAGAUUCCGCCUACUACAGAACCGCCUCACCGAUCUAAAGAUCGAAAACGAGGAAGUUUGGAAAACGUUAGAGACGGCCGAGAAGACACUCAUGAACAUGAUCGAGUCGAGGGACUACGACAUGUCUCCUCACUUCGACUCGGGCUCCGAUCAGCCGCAGGUUUCGAUUCUCAAUUCGGCGGUUCCCUCUUCCAUCGGCGGACAUUCGAUGGAAUUCAAAACGAGUCUGCAAUCCAAUGUAAUUCCCAAAACGCCUGAAACAGCUGCAAUCAAGCUCCGGGCGGACAAACAGGAAACCGAGGAUUUCUACUUGGAGAAGUUCCGGGAGUAUUCGACUCAAUGCUCAAUCAUCUCGCGUCUCCAAGCGCGGUACGACUGCAUGGAGAACGCUCUGACGAAGAAUUCCGGAGUCGAGAGGGCACGAAGUAAUUUCGGUGCAGUGGGGCCACCGAAGCGGCCUCGAAGGAAGCGAAUCGGACGGCAGGCCGUAACCGGGCAGCCGAAACUUUUCGGGGGCAGUCUAGAAGAAUACGCUGAGGCCACCAAUCAGGAUAUUCCGCUGAUAAUCCGGAGCUGUAUCCGAGUGAUAAACCUCUAUGGGCUCCAUCACCAGGGAGUUUUCCGCGUUUCGGGAUCGCAGGUCGAGAUCAAUAACUUCCGCGAAGCUUUCGAAAGAGGUGAAGAUCCGCUGGCGGAUAUUUCAGAUGCGUCGGAUAUAAAUUCCGUGGCGGGGGUCCUGAAAUUAUAUCUCAGGGAGCUCCGCGAACCACUGUUCCCCAUAUUCUUCUUCGAUCAACUGAUGGAAAUCAGCCAGUUGACAUCGAAGGAACGCGAAAAAGAGUUCGUCUCGAGGGCGAAGGAUGUCGUGAAGAGGCUCCCGAGACCUUCGUUUUCGGUGCUGCGUUUCCUCUUCGCUUUCCUAAACCACUUAUCCGAACUGAGCGACGAGAAUAUGAUGUGUCCGUACAAUCUGGCGAUUUGCUUCGGUCCAACCUUACUGCCCAUCCCCGAGGACAAGAACCCGGUGCAGUACCAGCCGCUGGUGAACGAGCUGAUCAAGGGUCUAAUAAUUCAUCAGGAGGAAAUUUUCCCCGCGUCGGAAUACGGCGGGAUCCUGUAUGAGAAAUACAUUAGCUCCUCAGAAGAUCAGCCUCCUGAAGAUCUAGACUCACCGUCGGACGUCUCUCAGACUAACAUCACUCUCGAGACUGAGGAACCUCUGAAUAACACAGAUGGUAUGGGCAUCAGGGGGUUGGCUUCAUAAAAUGAUCUAGUCAACGACGAGCCCGAGAUCUCAAUGAAUUUAUUUGGGAAAGAAGACGUUCUUGAAGUUGUCGCCCAGUACGACUUCACGGCGCGUCAUCAACGAGAGUUGUCUUUCAAAAGAGGAGACGUUAUCCAUCUUACGGAGCACCUUUCGGCCGAUUGGUGGAAAGGCUCAUUGAGGGGACAACAGGGUCUCGUGCCUGACAAAUACAUCAUGCUCAACAUUAGGGACGAAAACCGCGAAGGCUCUCAGAAAGACAAAACGUCGUCAUCGUCGGACAGCCUCGGUUCACCGGCUUCGCAACGAGAGCUUAACUCUGCAACGUCGACAAAAUCAGCGAACUCGCCUGACGGAAGUAUUUCGUCGCUCACGGCAGAACCUCGCUUUCGGAGGAGAUCUCUCAGUCCCAGCUCGACCGGUACGAAGAGUUCCACGGUAGACUCGGUGUCGAAAAACAUCUUAUCCAUCGGUCACGAGACCGCACCGUGUAGACUCUGAAGAGAUCUAGGGGCGAAGUAGCUCCCUCCGCCUCGCCGAUCAUAAUUCAGGGUCGGCACUGUAUAGCCUCCCGUAGAUUGGCGGAUGACUCGGGAAAGAUCACUCAAGUCUCCCCCCGUAUGAUGUUGGAAAAAAUCCAAAUGAGAGAUCUGGUUCUGCAGUCCUCAUUAUUGUACAUUACGUCCUGCGAUCUUCCUAGCGGGAGCCGACGCUGCUCAGACAGGAAGAUUUGUAGGUAGAGGAUCGUUCACGUCUAGAGUCAAGAUCGAAACGAAAUAAACGUAUCCCAAAAA